AUGCCGUCAAUAGAGGCAAGACUCAAGGCUGCAAAUGCCGACCUCGAGCUGGCAUCUCCCAAGUCAGAUCGCAGGUCCGCCGACGCCGUCUUUCUAUCAACCGCCAGCAUCACACCUGAGCUCAGCCGCGUCAACUCAACCCCACUCUCAUCCGAUGCAAUAGACUCUCUCGGUCUUCAGACUUCCUCUGACCAAGCAAACGAGCCAUCCCCGCAGACCAUGGCUCCACCAAAACCUGGUCCCGCAGACACGCUCUAUCCCAGUCCUUCCGGCGGCUUCGUCCCUUCGCCAGAGGAGGGGCAAGAUUGGAGGCUCAAGUCUCCUCCAGCUGGACGCAACGCCAAGCAAUCAUCCGCCUCAUCUACAUCGCCGGCCACAUCUUCGCCUUCUUCCAACUCUCGCGCACUUCCCACAGUAGCAGAAGCCAGCUCGCAGCGCCCGCUCCUCAACCCAAUAGCUGUUCCGGGCACCUCGACACCCACGCGACCACCGUCUCUGCCAUCGUGUCCCGAGACCGCGUCCAAGAUCGCCAGCGCCUCCACUGCCACGUCGCCAUCCAGACGAAGCUCGCAGGCCUCGAACGCAUUCCACUCUCCUGCCCUCCGUCCGGUGUCGACUGCUUCAAGCUCGCGGCAUCGGCUGAGCGCUAUCUCGCCGCUGACAGAGAGCGCAUCAGCGCCAUCCGGCAGCGGGGCUGCAUCGACGGACAGCGGUGCGACCAACUUGUCGCGCUAUUCUACGGCGUCCCAACCUCGUGCUGCCAACUCGGGACUUGGUCACGACGCAAAGUCAUCACGUCCGGAAUCCACCGUCAGCUUCCAGACAGCCCGAAACGACGACGAUGUGGAAGACUCGAUACACUCCAUCCACGUGCGCGACUUUGCCUUCCCAUCCGAGGACCCUCGUCACCACGGACAAUUGCUUCCCGAACCACAAGCAUCCACUAGUCAAGACGAAAUGGACGAGCACGACCACGCCUCAGACGCGGCCGAGGACUUCUACAUUGAAGGCGCCGAAGAUGAAAAUGAAUUCGACGGCGACGAGGGCGAUCACGCAAACGUGCCAGAAGGCGUAUACAAAGUGCUGUACGAGUUCGACCCGGUCUCGGAGCACGAGCUGGCAGUUCAGCCGGGUGAUGUGGUGCACGUCGUGGGCUCACUGGAAGGAGGUUGGGCGAUCGCAGUCACGAACGGCGAUGAGGGCGUCAAGGGUCUUGUGCCAGCCACGUACCUGGAAUGGUCCGCUCCGCUGCCAGAAUGA